AUGAGCUCCCGGCGUGCAGGUACUAGCCGCAGCAGUUUCAGCCGCAAGAAGGCGCUGGAGGAAAUAAAGCGCAUGCGCGAUGGUGAUGUGCUUGAGGAAACUGCUGCCGGUAACUCCAGUCGCUUGGCUCAGUACAAACCUCAGGAGGAAAGUAUCUACAAGGCCGUGACUGAACAAGAAUACGAGGAGCUUGUGCGUCAGCGACGUCAGGGUCUUCCAUUUGUAGAGAAUGAUGAUGGUGAAAUGGGAUACUACGACAAUGGUGAAGAACAAUUCUUUGAGUCUGACGCAGAGGAUGACGCGGGGGAUGUCAGGGACGAUGAGGACUCAGUCGCAGGUAAAAAACGUAGCGCUGGGGCUCUAUCUUCUUCAUACGUCAGACGAGCAAAGAAAAUGCAACGUGCUAAGCUUGGCGGUGGAGAAGGACAAAAGAUUACUAAUAUGUUCUUCUCUGCGUCAGCGGGUAAGACCAAGAACCGUAGUGCUGUACCAGUAGGUGUAAAAAGAACAAGUGCUAAGAAAGAUAUUGAUCUUGAUAGCAUGCUGGACGAUCUGACAAGUAAUCCUACCGAGUCAAGGUCGUUGUAUACGCGACCAAUAUCUUACUCUACUGGGUCUUUGGCAUUCAGUAGCGGGACGUCCCAUCUUACUGCCGUGAAAGACCUUUCGGCCACUGCCUUGUCCAACGUACAGGAUCACAGUGUUAGAGAAGAGGAGCCGGAUAGUGUAGAUAUUGUUGAUGACGCAUAUGAAGCGGAAGAAUCAGAUGAACCUAUGGACGAAGCUUUCGCUGCUGAAAAAGAGUUUGAGAUGGCAAGCGGUGAUGCUGAUGAAGAAGCUAAUAUCAAGAGAGAUGACGAGGCUGGGAUCGCCAAGCAGAGAAUGAGUAAGCGUGAGAUGUUGCUUCAGAAAGCGCGUAAACAAAAUCUGCAGACCUCAGCGCCUACAGUAAGAGCGCUGGCUGCUCCAGGAAAGCAGAAAGAGUUGGACGAUACAUCCAUGAGCUCGGUGCCGUCGAAUGAAGUUGCCGAGUGGUGGCAGGUUGCUAGCGAUGAACCAAAUGUUACAGCCUCUAUGGCUGCUAAUGAUGCAGAGCCCGAGACUUUGCCUGAUACGGCAGAUUCGAUUCAAAUGUAUUGGAUGGAUGCGGUCGAAGUGCGUGAUCGCCCUGGAAAAAUUUACCUUAUAGGAAAAAUGAAGGUAACAGGUCCCAAAGGCUCGAAUGAGUCUUUUACUUACAGUAGUUGCUGUGUGGUUGUGAACAACUUGCAACGUUACAUGUAUCUUGUUCCCAAAGAGAAUCCAUUGAUCGAACUGAGUAAGACGGAACAGCAGGAUGCUUGGAUGUCUAUGCACGAGGAGAUUUAUAACAUUUUGAUUCCCUCUUGUAUCUCUUCUAAACUUGAUCAAGAAGCUUUUAAGACAAAGCUUGUGGAGCGUAGCUAUGCUUUUGAGGAGGCGAAUAUUCCAAGAGGUAAAAACUUGUUCUUGAAGGUCAAGUAUCCUGCGCGAUAUCCCUCUCCCCCUUCAGACUACUGUACUCGUGGAGGAAAAACCUUUCAACGAAUUUGUGGAGCUUAUACUAGGCCGCUUGAAAAUUUUUUGCUUACUCGUCGGCUUUUAGGACCAGGAUGGAUAGAAGUAAAAGGUGUCCGCAAAUGCAAUGAGAGCGUUAGUUUUUGUAAAAUGGAGUUUGAGACUUUUGAUCCCAAGAACGUGAGUCCUAUAGCUGGCGGCAUGGCACCACCUCCCAUGACAGUGAUGAGCUUAAGUCUGAAAAGUGUUUGCAAUCCAAACACUGGAAAGCACGAGGUAAUUGCGCUCUCGGCAAUCAUUGAGAGUGGUAUAAGUGCCGAUGGAGCGGGGAAAGUGUCAAAAGGGACGCGACAUACACUUUCGCACUUUACUAUCAUUCGUCCAUUGGAUGGAAAUAAUGGUUUUCCUUCGGCUUACUCCGAAGCUGCUCAAAAAGACGAUCGCUUUGGCAUGAAAAUGGAUAAUGGUGCAUUGUGCAUCGAUAGUGACCGUCUGCGCAUUGAGAUUAACGAGCGUGUAAUGCUCAGCUAUUUUCUUACGAGAGUUCAGGUAGAGGAUCCUGAUGUGGUCGUUGGUCAUAAUUUGCACAAGUACGCCUUGGAAUUACUGAUUUCGCGCAUUGACAAUUUUAAACUCGGUGGACUGUGGUCGAAGCUUACGCGACUACGUCGUGGUCGCCUCAAUCCGAUGAAUGUGGGAGAAGGCUGGAAUGAAUACAGAAUGGACGAUAUGGUUAACGGUCGACUCUUCUGUGAUACUUAUGUGUCGUCAAAAGAGUUGUUGCCUUCACAGAAUAACUAUACACUUUCGUACUUGGUAGAAAGGCUGUUACACAAACAGCGGUUGGACGUUGAGAUGACUGAGAUUCCUCAAAUUCUACUUGGGGGUCCUGAUAAUUUUGUGAAGUUUCUUCGCCACACGCUUGAUGAUGCCAUGUUUGUGUUACAUCUGAUGCACAAGCUUGAAAUUCUACCGCUUUCGAAGCAGCUUGCUAAUUUGUGUGGAUAUUUGUGGACGCGUACGCUGGAGGCAAACAAGCGUGCAGAACGGAUUGAGUAUUUGCUACUUCACGAAUUUAGCCGGUCAAAAAACAAAUUCAUUGUACCUGAAAAAUAUAAAACCAGAACUGAGGCUGACAAAUCAUACAAGAGGCGAGAAGCGUCGUAUGCAGGUGGUAUGGUGUUUGCUCCGAAGAAAGGUCUUUACGACAGUUUUGUGGUACUGCUGGAUUUUAUGAGCUUGUAUCCAUCUAUCAUCCGAGAAUAUAAUAUUUGCUUUACGACAGUAGAGCGGCAGCUGAACGAGGACAUGUCGGCUGAACCGGUGUCGUCCAAAAAGAAGAAGAAAUCAAAAGAUAUGCCUUUACUUAAAAACGAAGAUCCCAUGGACGACGAAGACAUGGACCUAAAUCUUGAUAACGAUGAUGCGAAAGGCGACUCAGAGAUCCCGGCCUUACCUAGUAGUGCAUGUGAGCCUGGUAUUUUACCCGCUGUGAUCAAGCGUUUGCUGGAGUCACGUAAACAAGUCAAACAGCAAUUGAAGAUUGAGCAAAAGGCGGGUAACAGCGAGAAGGCUAACAUGCUUGACAUCCGCCAAAAAGCCAUCAAGCUUACUGCAAACUCGAUGUACGGCUGCUUGGGAUUUCGAUUUUCGCGCUUUUAUGCAAAACCCAUUGCUGCUCUUAUUACAUCCACUGGGCGGCAAACACUGCAGCGUGCGAAGGAAGUAGCUGAACAAGAGUGCGGAUACGAUGUCAUUUACGGUGAUACAGACUCAAUUAUGGUUGAUUCGCGCACAGAAAAUCUUGAGGAGGCUAAGCGCAUCGGUCGCGAGAUCCAAUCUCAGUGUAAUAAGCAUUUUAAGCUGCUGGAGCUUGAAGUAGAUUACAUUUUUAAGCGUAUUCUGCUGUUGAACAAGAAAAAGUACGCUGCUUUGGUGUUAAAGGAGCACUUUGGUGGCGAGCCUACCUUUGAAAAAGAAGUAAAGGGGCUUGACAUGGUGCGUCGUGAUUGGUGCGUGAUCUCGAAAGCCGUAGGUAAUGAGAUUCUUGACUUCAUAUUAUCAGGAAAUUCACGUGACGAGGUGGUUGAGAGUAUCCAUGAACAUUUGGAGCAAGUUGCCGAACGCAUGCGUUCGGGAAAGGAGCCUAUUGAACAGUACGUAAUUACGAAAAGCUUGAAUAAGCAACCUGAGCAAUACCCAGAUCGUGCGAAGCAAUACCACGUACAAGUAGCGCUUGCUAUGCGUGCUCUGGGCAAGCCAGUUGGAGCUGGUACCCAUAUACCUUAUGUGCUUUGCAAAGAGGAAGAACCGGGAAGUGGUCGCCGUGCCUAUCACCCCGACGAGGUGGUUCGCGCUAACGGAAAGCUUACUAUUGACGUCAAUUGGUAUCUUGAGUCCCAAAUACAUCCGCCGGUGAAUCGUUUGUGUGCUCACAUUGAAGGAACAUCAAGCCCCCAGUUAGCUCACUGUUUGGGCCUCGACACGUCAAAGUUUUCUCAUUCUGCAAAUCAUUUAGGCGAAGACAAUGAUGCUGGCGAUAUAAUUCCAAGUGUAUUGCAGAUUGACGCAGAUCGAUUUAAGAACUGUGUUUCUUUGGAGAUCACGUGUGACCGAUGCAAGAUGACAAGUGCUUUUCCAGGUGUGUUUUGUACUUCAGUAAAAGAUAACAAUCUGUCCAGCGGGCUUCUCUGCCCGAUGUGCAAGGCAGAUUUCUGGGGCUUUAAUAAAGAAGGAAUCAACGGAAACGUUGGCGAUGACCUUGAAGCGGUGCUUUCCAACCGUCUUCACAUUGCAACGCGGCAAGCUACGAAAAAAUACUACGAGGCUUGGACAAUUUGCUCUGACGUUACCUGCAAGACCCGGACACAAAAGCAAUCUCUUCGAGGAAAUGGAAAUAUAUGCUCAACUGCCGGUUGCAGAGCAACAGUUACCCUUGAGUACCCUGACAGCGCUUUGUACACGCAGCUAAAGUACUUCGAGUCUUUAUUUGAUGUGGAGCGUGCGCAUAAGAAAAUUAGAGAACAGGAAGCGCGCGCAUCAGACGCAAGUAAUACGACGGAAAUUCCAAGUUUAUCUGAUCGCCAUCGUGUUGUACUGCAAAAGUUACUGUCUCAAGCUGAAGAGGCUGUCCACCGUAACGACUACAACUGGGUCAAACCAUCCAUCUGGCAGACGUUAUUUACAUGA